AUGUACGCGCACGCGCCGUCGAAGGAGGUGGCGCUCGAGGAGUUCGAGCUCUACGCGCUCGAGCGCAUGCGCGUGUUGAAAGCGAUCGACGACGGGCUCUCGCGAGGGAAGAAGCCCGCGGAGAUGGAGCUCCUGAUCACGAAGGAGGACAAGCUCCUGACGCGCGGAUCGCUUCACCUGGAGGACGAGGAGACGAGGAAGGACGAAGUCUCGCACUUCGCGCUGCGGCUCGCGUACUGCAGGACCGAGGAGCUUCGACGGUGGUUCCUCGCGCAAGAGUGCGCGCUGUUCCGGCACCGCUUCAGGCAGCUCAGGGGCGCGCAGCAGGCGGCGUUCUUGCAGCACAACGGGCUGGACUACCACCCGAUCGACGCGAAAGAGUUUGAACGCGUCCGCGCCGACCUCCACAACACGCUCAACGGGAUGAUGCGCAAGGACGACGCGAACGCCGCGCUCGCGAACGGCGCGUCCGGGUUCUACGCCGUCCCGUUCGAGGAGGUGUCCGACCUCGUCCGCGGACGCCGAGUGUUCAUGUCCGGAGGCAAGGCGUACGUGCCCCAGGACCAACUCGCGUCGCUCGUCGUCGGCGCGUUCCGGUCGCGGCUGUCCAAAGCCCUCGUCGUCGCGUCCAGGCGGUGGGCGCAGCACGUCGCGGGCGAGGAAAAGGAGCGGCUCGCGCCCGUGGUGCUGUCGCUCUCGAAGCGGUACCUCGGCAGGGACUACGGGAAGGCGGGCGGCGCGAACGGCGAGGGCGGCGGCGACGUCGUCACGCUCAAGGACCUCAACGGCGCCGCCGCGAAAUCGUUCCCGCUGUGCGCGAAGAACUUGUUCAACAUGGUGAAGAAGGAGCACCACCUUCGGCACGAGGGCAGACGGCAGCUGCAGCUGUACCUCAAAGGCAUCGGCUUAUCCCUGGAGGAGGCGAUGCUGUUUUGGAAGACGGAGUUUUGCAAGAAAAUCCCAGCGGAGAAGUUUGAGAAGGAGUACGCGUACGCGGUGCGACACGCGUACGGCAAGGAGGGUAAGCGCGUGGAUUACACCCCGCACACGUGCAUGAAGUGCAUCAGCGCGAACCCCGGCCCGGGCGAGCACCACGGGUGUCCGUACAAGACGUUCGGCGAGGAGAGCUUACGCGCGGCGCUCGGCGGCUUGCAGAUCACGGGGAGACAAGUGAACGAGAUCGUCGACAAGGCGAAGGGGAAGCACUACCAGAUCGCGUGCGGGAUGACGUUCGAGGCGGUGCACGGCGGGAAGAGCAUCGAGCAGGGCGUGCAGCACCCGAACCAGUGGUUCCAAGAGAGCCGGAAAGCGCUCGGGUUCGGCGGGAAGGAUGAAAACGACGCGCCGACGCCCGGCGGGGAGCCGGUGACGCCGGGGACGGCGACCGCGCGGCCGGCGCGACCGUCCGUGCCCGCGUCCGCGUGA